AGGCUGAGCGAGCGCACGGCGCUCCCUCGCUCGGCUGCGCGAUCCGCAGCACCGCCUUCUCCUCCGCCGCCUUGACUCUGUGCAGGUGGCAGCGAGGCAGACGUGACCGGCCACGGCAGUAGAAGCCAACCCUUUCGACCAAGACCAGCCCCCCCCUCAACACCCACCCCUCUCUACCCCCACCCCCAAAGCAAACCCAGCGACCCCCCCCCCCCCUCUCCAAGCCCAGGUCAGCAUCUCGCUUCAUCGGCGCAGCCUUAGGGGCACGUUGCGGCUCCUCCCCGCCCCCCCCGGCCCUCGGGGCCCGGCUCAUUCCUCCUCCCAGCGGAGACCCGCCGCGCCGUCAUCAGGAAAUGGACAUCCGCCGACUCCAGAUGGAGGGGGAGGUCGGCAACAAAGGAGAGAGGCGGCCCCCGCGCGCAGUCUGCGUCCAGCGACGCUGAGUUGAGCCUCGUGACUUUUUUUCGCCGCUUGCUGCGCGUUAAUUGCCUGCAACGCGGAGCAAAUACAGAGAGGGGGGGAGGCUGGAGGGGGGGGAGGAGGAAUUAACGUCGUUUCUUUAGCCCCGGCUCUUUUAGUGCUCGGUUAUCCCCGAGGCAGCCAGGGGACUUAGAGGGGUUGCGAGCUGAAUUGGGCGCUGGUGCCGCGUUUUACCCGCCCGCAACGCCCGCACCGCCACCCCUGCAGCGCGCGUUCUGCAGCGCCACGCGAGUGAAGCUGAAUGUGGAAUAGCGGGGAAGCGCCGAGGAGGAGGAGGAGGAGAACGGGGAUGGAACGACAGCAGCAGCAGCAGCUGCAGCAACUUCGGCAGCUGCUUGUGCUGGGCACGUUGUGCCUACUCGUCAGCCCGUGCACGGCGAGGGCAGUGCCGUGCAACUGGCAGCUGUCUGCCGGCGAGCCGGGCUACGUCAUGUCUCCGGGCUACCCGCAGGACUACCCCGCGCACCUCAUGUGCGAGUGGCUGGUCCAGGCUCCGCAGAGCGAUCAGCGCAUCAUCCUCAACUUCAACCCGCACUUCGAGGUGGAGAGGACCAACGAUUGCCGGUACGACUUUGUGGAGAUCCGGGACGGAGCGGACGACAGUGCGCCGCUGCUUGGGAAGUUCUGCGGGAACAUUGCGCCCCCGUCGCAGACCUCCUCAGGUGCCACCCUCUUCAUCCGAUUCAAGUCGGACUAUGCCACCCAGGGAGCAGGAUUCUCCCUCCGAUACGAGAUUUACAAAACAGACGAAUGCUCCAAUACGUUUACGACGCCCAAUGGAACGCUGCAAUCACCCGGAUACCCCGAACCUUACGGCCACAACUUGGAGUGCACCUACAUCAUCUCUGCUCCGCCACAGUCUGAGAUUGUCCUGCGAUUCCACGUGUUCAGCCUGGAGGCUGAGCCGGCUGCCCAACCAGAUGCCGAGUGUCGAUUCGACCGACUGGAGGUGUGGGACGGGCUGCCGCACGUUGGGCCACUGAUUGGCCGUUACUGUGGCAACAAAUCACCAGGGGAGAUAAAGUCUGUGUCUGGGAUUCUCUCCGUCACCUUUAACACGGAUGGCGGCAUCGCCAAGGAUGGCUUCUCUGCAACAUACAGGAUGAUUCAACGCAAGAUCAUUGAAACGGUGAAGUGCAACCAGCCACUGGGAAUGGAGUCUCUGGAAAUACGAGAUGAGCAGAUCACAGCUUCCUCAAUGUACCCCAACAAAGAGUGGCAGCCCAAACAGGCUCGGCUCAACAACCCCAUCCACGCAUGGACGCCGGCAGCAGACUCCAACAAGGAGUGGAUACAGGCUGAUCUAGGCUACCUGAAAAUCCUGAGUGGAAUCGCGACACAGGGCGCCAUCUCAAAGGACUCCAAGAAGAGCUACUACGUGACAUCAUACAAGAUGGAAGUCAGCAGCAAUGGAGACGAUUGGAUGAUGUUGAAAGAGGGAAGGAUGCCCAAGGUCUUCUCGGCCAACUCGGACGCAUCCUCGCUGGUGGAGAACAAAUUCCCGGAGCCUGUGCUGACGCGGUUCGUGCGCGUGAGGCCCCGGAGCUGGGAGAAUGGCAUCGCCCUCCGCUUUGAGCUGUACGGAUGUCACAUCUCCGACUACCCUUGCUCUGGCAUGCUGGGAAUGCUCUCCGGGAGGAUACAAGACGCGCAACUGCAGUCCUCGUCCCAGCGAGGCCUCAACUGGGCUCCGUCUAGCGCGCGGCUGCUCAGCUCCGCGUACGGCUGGGCGCCGAUGCCCCCCCACGGGGCGUCCCACCCCGUGGGUGAGUGGCUGCAGGUGGAGCUGGGCGGGCGGCACACCGUCCGUGGCAUCAUCCUGCAGGGCGCCAAGUCCGGCACCGUUCCGGACAACCGGCUGCACGUGCGCAAGUUCCGCCUGGCCACGAGCCUCGACGGAGAGAGCUGGGAAAUGAUCAGCGAGGACGACUCCGACCUCCCCAAGCUGUUCGAAGGUAACAGUAACUACGACACGCCGGAGUUGCGCAAGUUCGAGCCGGUCGUGGCGAGCUGGGUGCGCAUCUACCCGGAGAGGCAGGCCCCCGGUGGCGCGGGGAUCCGCAUGGAGCUGCUGGGCUGCGAUUCUCUCGAGCCAGAAAAAAAUCACUCUGAUGGCGAGGCUCAAAAGGAAGAUUGCGAGCAUUAUGGAAACUGUUCUUCUGGCCUCGAGGGGAGCAGGGAGCAAGAUGUGCAGACACCUGAUGAUUUAAUGUUUCCUGAAGACUCUUCAAAUACUCCUGACCUGCACUCGGGAGCCUUUGUCGAGGGCUUCGGGUGUCGCUUCGGCCGCGGCCUGCAGAGGGGGACAUGCGGCUGGCUCCAGGAUGACGCCAGCGCCGACCUCCGCUGGCAGGUCGGGACCUCCCGCAAGGGCCCCAGCCACGAUCACAGCUCAGGUCAAGGAAACUACGCAUUCGUAGAAGUGUCGGAGAGAGGCGAGCAGGGUGCCGCGAGGCUGCUGAGCCCCCCCGUGACUCCGCACAGCACUUACCGUUGCCUGCAGUUCUGGUACCACAUGAGUGGCGGCAUCGACAGCCAGCUCUCCGUCAACGUGCGCACGCAAACGCCGAUGGGCCUGCAGGACGAGACGCUGUGGAGCCUGUCUGGAGAGCAGCCGGCACCAAGCUGGCAGGAGGCGCGCACAAUCCUGCCGCAACACGCCACCCCUUACCAGGUCAUCCUGGAAGGAAAGAUGGGUGACGGGCACAAUGGGUGCUUGGCUGUUGACGAUGUGAAGUUCAACGACAAAAUCCCUCUCAUGCACUGCCUGAAGCCUUUCAAUGCCUUCCCAGGAGUACUCGGUCUGCCUCCAGGAUUUCCUGGAAAUGUUGAAGAUGACACGGAGCUGAUAUUGGACGAAUAUGAUGAUAUGUACGAGGUUAAAUAUGAUAACAAGACUUCAACAAGUUGGCCCCCAGAUUUUGCAGCUGUUGAACAGAUGACGCCUGACCUCCAAGAUUCAAGACCAUGGAUGCCAGAGUCAGGGCCAGGAGGAGGCAAGAGCCUGAGCAAGGACAGCACAAGGGUCACCGCCACCGUGCCAAGCCUCGGCCAGGCAUUAGACCCGAUGCUCAUCACCAUCAUCACCAUCAGCGCGCUCGGCAUCGUGAUGGGCAUGGUGUGCGCGUCGCUGCUGCUCUACUGCGUGUGUUCGCGCGCCCGCCCCGUCUCCUCCACCACCGCGCUGCACACCAUUGGCAACGGGCCCACGCCACUGGACGGCUACAACUUUGAGCUCUACAACGGAGUGAAGCUCUCGAGUAAAACCAACGGGCAGUACAAGCAGGCCACCCAGGCGUAGCCGAUGUGCCAGCACGCCGAUGUUACGAGUAGGGCGAGGAUCGGGGGGAGGGGGGGCCCGACGCUGUCGGUUGAAUUUAUCCAAGGGAGACAAAUACCGCAUUUGUGUGCCGAGAUCCUUUUAAAGUCUUACAAACAAACAAAACAAACAAAAAAUUACCACGCAUUACGUUUCAAACGAAAACAAAUUAUUGCACUCAUUAAUGUGUUUGGAUUUCCAAGAGCAAUUUAGCGACAAUAGGGAACGGCAACGAAAGGAGAAGCGAGCGAGCGAGUGAGUGAAUACAUAUCCACGGUCGUGCGAAGCCUUGUAAGUGCAACUGAUGUGUCUCUGCUGGAUUUACCGCAGCCCUGUCCCAUGCUCUCGUGGAGAGCAUCACAAAGUGCUGGCGCUGCCAUCUCUUCACGCUGCUUAACCCCCCCCCCCCCACCCCACCAUGCUUCGUCAGCGCUGCCUAGUCGGUGUUUUCUGUUUCUGCCUUAAUGAACCGUAUUCAGAUUUAAUCCACUAUAAACGUGUACUUUGAGAGUAUAAAAGAGAGAGCAAGAUUACAAAUAUAUAUGUGUAUAUCUCUUUAUGGCAGGUGUCCAAUUAUCGAAUACUGCACUUUGUAGAUAUAUUGCUUUAAUGUUUUAUAUUAAAUAUAUAUUUUUGGGCAUUUUUAUUUUGUUUUACUUGCAUAAUUUCUACAAGUGCCCUUUUCCAUUUUUUUUCUAUAUCUCUUUCUUUGUUAUAACUAUUAUGGCAGCAAAUACCCAAGUCUUGUAAAAUAAGCAUACGUAUUAAAUUAGUUACCACUGGACAAAGUAAUGCCUCUUAAAUUCACCAUGUGGAAUGUUGGCACGUGCAUGAUAACUCCGUGUGUCUCGUCUCUCUGCUCUAUGUGAAUAAGCAAAUCCGUGUGUGUCUCCCUUGUGUAAUAUUUUUUUUAACCAAAUGUAGUCAAACGGUUGGGGAGAUGAAGCUAAUAUACAACGGGUCAAACAUCAGAAUAAUUUUAAACGCAAGACUAAACCUGUAAGAGAUUCGUACGCUUACCAAAUUAGGCUCAUCAACAAUGCUUUAGUGAUGCUCGAGAUAUAUUGUUUACAAUGUUUCUAGAUGAGUACAGAAAUACCAGUCAUCAUUUUAUAUAAACUGAAAGAAUACUUAACACCUCUGACCUUCAACUGUGGAAUGUGUUCCCAUGAUCAAUGUUUAUCCAUGUGUUUUUGCUGGUAGGCCAAAUCUGUGUUUUUUUCUCGUUUAAAAAAAAGAAUAGCACUGAGCAGGAACUGGGUUGCAGCUGCACAUCUCAAAAUAAUUUAAAUGUUUCUCUUGGCAACACGAAGCGGGAUCUACAUCCAGCUCAUGUACAAGUAUUUGUAUUAAUGACGAUUAUUGUUUAUUUAAUAUCCAGUAGUACCGCUGUAGUGAUUCUUGUUUUUGUUUCACAAGUUGUGUACAUGCGAGCGUUGAGGAGUUCUACGUUUUGCCAAAAUGUGUUUUUGAUCGUGGCCGUGGUGGUCGCCUGCCGCCACAUGCAGUUCUGCAUUUCAAACGUUCAGCGUCGGGGAAAGGGCAAAAAGAUGAUGCAGCAGUAAUGUGGUGUUCAUAUUGUGGCAAAUGCUGAUUUUUUUUUAUACAAUUCGUUUCCCCCUUCGCUCUGAGAUUUUGUUUGAAUGCGUCAGUUUUCCCCCCCAAUCACCCUCCUUUUCAUCAAACAACUGUAAACAUUACUUUAAUAUCCACCACUGCCUGGGCAUCUCUCGCCUGACGCCUUCUUAAAACAAUUGUGCAUGCACACACCCCUUUUCUAUGACUUGUACCGUACAAGAGACGUAGUUUUUGUGCGCCAGAAAGCACCCACUCUUGUUGAAAAUGAAAAGGGCAAGUGACAAGAUAGCUACUUCUUGCAUGAUCGAGUGAUCGCUUUCCGCAUUUUAAAGACUCGACUGGCAAUAUAGUUUUGAAGUUUUCGUGACUGCAGGGAUCCAUACUCUUUGGUUCUUUCGGUAAAGUCACGUAGGUAUAAAAUAAAUUAAAUCACGACGUUUCGGGCGCAACACAAGCGCCCGUCAUCAGGUGGGACAACCACAGCAAUAAACAAUUGCUGAAGUGACUUUACCGAAAGAACCAAAGAGUAUACUCGAUUGGCAAUCACGCAAGGCCAUGAAAAUCGCCUCCCUAGUCGACGCCAAUUCGGCACAUCAUCUCAUUCAGAUGAAUAACCCGAGUCCCACCUGGGUCGUCAACAGUGGCUGUCUUGUUUUCGAGAGAUUCGUCCUUGCCAAGGGAUGUGAAGUUCCCACUGUUGGCUGAGGGCCUUCACUAGAGUUGAGUGCUGCCUUGUACCUCCGUCGAGCAAGGGAAAUGCUUUUAUUUUGACUUGAGGGCCCUGUCAUAAGCAAUUCAAAAGACUGCAUUUGACUUAACGUGAGACAACAGUCAUUGAUAAACCUGUGUUAUUUUAUUUUUUGAUAUUUAAAUUUUAUUUUUGUAUUCAUUGAAAAAAAAUCUAUCCAUGGAUAUUGUUUUAAAGAUACCGUUAUUUAACAUUUUAUUUAAAUGAGCUAUUCAAGCCGAUCUUUCUCAUUUGUGGGAUACACCCCCAUGUGACACCAAAUCAUUUUUUUAACCAGCUCUAUUCCCUACUAUGGUAAAAUGUUAUAUUUUUAUAUAACCUUUUUUUAAUACAUGCCCUUGUGAAGUUGACGUGUGGUGCAAGACGUAAGGCUUCAUAUAAUACCAGCACCCACUAUCUGUUAUCCCAUCACCUUUCCCCCACAUCCCCAAUUGGAUAGCGACCUGAAAAUAUCGGAUGAAAGUUUCAUUUUUACUGCCUUACUCUUACCGGUAUCCCUGCCUACACUAAGAAAUAGCAAUAAAAUGCAUGCCAUUGCAUUUUAUGGCCAGUAAUAAAAUACCCCCACUAUAAAAAAGUGCGCGUCGUUUAUCCAUACGUAACGAAGGACAAUUACAUUAUGUGCCAUUCAGUGGACAGCUCGCACACAAUAGCGUAAUAAAAUGAAACAAUGCACGGUAUAUGUCGUACGAAAACUGAAAAAAAACAUAUUUUAGACAGCAUCCUUUAAAAAUGCCUGACCACCAAAGAAGGCAUCGACGGCGGGUUCUCCAACAGUAGGUCUUUGAUGAUUUUUCGCAAUGUAAAUGCCUUGGGACAUAUUUCAGUAUGACAAACGGGAGGGGAACGUCCACUCGACGCGACCGAUUGAACGUAAUCUUCGCGAUUACCGCUGAUGGCGAGGACUCGUAAGGCAUGCUAGGACGGCGCUUUAUUUCUUGCGUGCACAAAGUGCAAAUAAUGGUAUGGUGUAGUCAUCAAAUGCUGCUUUCUGGACUAGCAUAGAGAUGCUUGUUUAGCAAUAAAGCUUUGCUUGUUCAUGAUAGUCUGCUAAACAGCUUUCUGUGCUGUACCAAAUGAACAUUGUUUUUCAUGUCUUCAUCAUUAGGUACUGUAUAGGCUGAUCAUUAUGAGAUGCUGCAUACUGUAUUUGUAACCUGUAACUGUUACAUAAAAAAACUGUUAGUAAAAAAAAUCAAGAAA